AUGGCCUUUUCCGAGUGCGUGUCGAAGCUGGGCGUCCUGUCUGGCCACCCGUCCUUUUGGUGGGACUUCAAGCUCCUGGACGACGAGCAGUGCACCAUCCCCAACCACACUUUUACCACCGAGUGCUCCGAGUCCGCGGUGCGCUCCCUUGGGGGCAACACAUUGCUGCACCCCGGGGGCGGCAUCCAGGCCAUUCGAACCUGUGCCGGCGAGUUUGACAGCGACGGCGAGAACGUGAUACUGGAGGAUUCCCUGCAG